UCGAUGCUCUAGAUUCUUGUGUGUCCAAAAUGCGUUUCCUAGUGCUUGUUUCAUUUUUGGUCACAUUGGUGGCUGGUUUGCCUAGUCCAAGACACACUAUCUCUUGGGAUCAUUUUUGGACACAUGAAGAGAUUGAGCAUUACAUACAUGAAAUGGCUGAAGACUUCCCGGAUAUUGCUACAAUAGAGACCAUAGGAACGUCAUCGGAAGGUCGAAACAUUGAAGGAUUAUACAUUUCGUAUGAUGGCAACAAUGCGAAACCUCUGAUAAUCAUUGACGGAGGCCUUCGAGCUAGAGAGUGGGUUUCUCCAAUGGUUGGAAUGUUCAUCAUCCAUGAGUUGGUCGAGCAUCCGGAGGAGUACACGGAGAUCUUGGAGGUUGUUAACUUCCUUGUGAUUCCUUUAGUAAACCCUGAUGGGUAUGUAUAUUCGCAUGAAACAGACCGAAAUUGGAUUAAAACUAGGAGCAGUAAUGGUGACAAUUGCUAUGGAGUUGACCUAAAUCGUAAUUUCGGCUAUGAAUGGGGAACUAUAGGUGGAAGUUCUGAUCCUUGCGCAGAUAACUUCCACGGUUCGGCCGCUUUCUCGGAACCGGAGAGCCAAGCUCUUCGCGAUACGAUCAGUCGCUACAGUGAAAAUUUGAGGCUUUAUCUGAGUGUUCAGGCAGCAGAUAAAAAGGUGUUAUAUCCGUUCUCUUACAAUGGACUCCGCACACCGAGUAACGUUGAAGAGCACGUAGCGGUAGCUCAAUCGGUGACUCGCGAGAUGAUGGGUAAACACGGAUAUAUUUACACGUAUGGUGCAGCUGGAAUUCUGCUGCCGGUAGAAUCAGGCACCGUAACGGACUUUGUGGCCGGUACCUACUCUCCACAGUACACGUUUGUUUUGGAAACACGUGCCGAAGACGGCUACGAGUUGCCAGUAGAAAGACUGUCGGAGGUACUGUACGAAACGGCGGCCGGUUUGAAGGUGUUGGGAGAAUAUGCGGCCGGCAUUCGCAGUGCUUAG